AUGUGCCUCUGCCCCGACACCUCCGGGACAGGAACUCAGGCUGGCACGGCUGGUGGCAUGUCAGAGGAGAGCCGGGUGCCCAGGCCAGGCAGGCAGCCUGGAGCCUCGGGCACAGGUGCGUGGGCCCCCCGGACGGUGUCCGGCCCCUGGAGCCUGUCCCACGGGAGAGCUCGUGUGGCCGCCGCAGUCCUCUGCUACGUCAACCUGCUCAACUACAUGAACUGGUUCAUCGUCGCAGGGAUGCUGCUGGACGUACAGAACUUUUUUCAGAUCAGCGAUAGCAAUGCCGGUCUGCUUCAGACAGUCUUCGUCUGCUGCCUGCUGCUGUCCGCACCGGUGUUCGGCUACCUGGGCGAUCGCCACAGCCGCAAAGCCGCCCUGAGUAUUGGGAUCCUGCUCUGGUCUGGGGCAGGCCUCUCCAGCUCCUUCAUCUCCCCCCAGUAUUCCUGGCUCUUCUUCCUGUCCCGGGGGGUCGUGGGCAUAGGCUCGGCCAGCUUCUCCACCAUCGCGCCCACCGUCUUGGGCGACCUCUUUGUGAGGGAUCAGCGGACUCGGGUGCUGGCUGUCUUCUACAUCUUUAUCCCUGUUGGAAGUGGUCUGGGCUACGUGCUGGGGUCGGCCGUGUUGCAGCUGACUGGGAACUGGCGUUGGGCCUUCCGAGUCAUGCCUUGCCUGGAAGCGGUGGCCUUGAUCCUGCUUAUCGUGCUGGUUCCAGACCCACCCAGGGGAGCUGCUGAGAAGCAGGAAGAGGCGGCCGUGGGGGACCCGAGGAGCAGCUGGUGUGAGGAUGUCAGGUACCUAGGGAGAAACUGGAGUUUUGUGUGGUCGACCCUUGGGGUGACAGCCAUAGCCUUUGUGACUGGAGCCCUGGGCUUUUGGGCCCCCAAGUUUCUGUUCGAGGCCCGUGUGGUGCAUGGACUGCAGCCUCCCUGCCUCCAGGAUCCGUGCAAUAGCCAGGACAGCCUGAUUUUUGGGAUACUCACUGUGGUGACCGGCAUCAUUGGGGUUGUCCUGGGAGCAGAGGCUGCGAGGAGGUACAAGAAAGUCAACCCGCGGGCCGAGCCCCUCAUCUGCGCCUGCAGCCUGCUUGCCGCCGCCCCCUGCCUCUUCCUGGCUCUCAUCCUGGCCCGGGUCACUCUCCUGGCCUCCUACGUGUUCCUGGUCCUCGGGGAGCUGCUUCUGUCCUGCAACUGGGCGGUAGUUGCUGACAUCCUGCUGUCUGUGGUGGUGCCCCGGUGCCGGGGGACAGCUGAGGCGCUUCAGAUCACGGUGGGCCAUGUCCUGGGAGACGCCGGCAGCCCUUACCUCACUGGACUUAUCUCCGGCACCCUGAGGGCCGCGCGGCCCGACUCCUACCUACAGUCCUUCCUCAGCCUCCAGCACAGCUUCCUGGGCUGCGCCUUCAUCGUAGCCCUUGGGGGCGGCUGCUUCCUGCUGACUGCGCUGCGGCUGGAAAUGGACCAGGCCCGGGCUCGGCAGCCUGGCACAGGGACCCCCGACAGCAAGGACUCCGAGAGCCAAGCCCUGCUUUCCAGCACAGGUUCCGUCGCCGAGAACCUCUGAGGCCCCCACGCCCUGGCGAGGAGGUCCCACUCCCCCUGCUGCACCCCUCCCUCCGGCCCCGCAGCCUCAGUGCCCCAGUGCCCAUCUGGCCCAGGUUCCAGGACCCCGGCUGAGCCACACCUGCUGCAGCUUCACACCCGGCCAGGGAGCUGGCCGAGCCUGUGGGCUGUGGAUUGAGCUGUCCGCGCCCUCUGCGGGAGGCCUGCGCCGCUCCAGCCUGGGGCCCUGUGUCUGGUUCCCUGGGCCCUGAUUCAAGCGUGGCCGGCACAAAGCCCACGGAUUUCUGAACAACCGGGUUAUUCAGAGCCUCCAGGUGUCUCUGCUGGGAGUGGGGGCAGGAGAGGAAGAGGAGGGCUGCUCCCCAGCCAGGACCACUCCCUCUGCGGGUCAGGAGGGCACAGGACACCCCUUUGCCUGGGUCACCCUCUGAACAGAAAGGGGGGUCUCGGAGGGGGGCUUCCACUCUGGUGCUGCUGUGACUUCAAGACCCCAGGAGAGGCACGUUGGACCCCACAGGGACUCAGCUGCCCUGGGACCAGGUGGGGGUGGGGAGGCUGCUCCAUCCCUGAGGCACAGCGUGUGGGCCCGGCCAGCUCUGCGGGACUCGCUUGCUGCUGGGUUCAGAGCAGCUGGGCGCAGCAGGAGCCCAGCAGCUUCCAGGCCGGCAGCGCCGGGGCUGCAUGUUCUUCCUGCCCCAGGAGCUGGAGCGUCUCUCCACCUCCCCUGGGGCCUGGCCAGCAGAGGCCUGCCUCCCAGCACCAGACUCACGCACCCCUCCUGACCCUUGCUUGCUCCGUGCCCGCCUCCCUGCUUGCCUCCCUGCCCCUACUGCUGGAGGGCGAGCUCUGGGUGCUGGAUGCUCUGGCUCAGCCCCACGUCCUCAGCCCUAACCCUCAGGAGUGUCUACCCCGAGGCUGAGCAGCUCCUCACCCGCAGUUUCACCCUUGGAGCUCACAAAAUGGGCUGCUCCUGAACUUGUGAGGAACAGCCUACACCUAGUCACACUGUACGCAGGGGUUCCCACAUCUCCAAGCAGUUUUCUCCUACCCCAACUCGUUUCUAACCCUGUAUUCCCAGAGAUAGGGUCAGAGUCCGCCCAGGAAGGGCUCAGUCCUACAAAGCUGCUUCCCCAGCCCCGCCCACUGGACGGGCCAAGCAUGGGUGUUCGUUGUCAGCUGUACCCCUGAGUGGCCAGGGGCAAAAACCCAAGGUCCCCGAGCCCCCCCUAGGUUCUGUUAAUCGGCUAGAGCGGCUCACGGAGCCCAGGAAACCCGUUUCCUCGCCAGAUCACCGGUUUAUACUAAAAGGCGCCACUCAGGAGCAGCCGGCGGAAGAGAGGGCCAGGACGCGCUGCGGGGCAGGGGCAGAGCCGCGCGCCUCCUCCAGGAGCCCAUCCACCCGCAUCCCCACGUGCCCACCUUGUCGCUGUUGGCUUUCGUGGACGCUUCAUUACUCAGACACCAUUGAUUAA